CGGUCACUCUUCAUCGAACGGUAUCAAUGACCAGGUUGAUGUAAGACGACGGGCUUUUCCGGAGUGAGUUUUCGCGAGCUUUCUAACCUUUUGAGUGGAAAUUAGUGCAAGUUUGUGGAGUUUAAGGUGUUUGGAGACAGAAUAACUCGGAUAAACUUGAAGAAAAGUGCUUGAUUUGGAGAAAAUAGUCCUUCAAAAAUUGAUACCUCAAAUUUGAGGAGAGGAAAACCCUUCUCGAAGUGAAGCGUGAGUUCAACCUUUGUAACAAGGGAAGGGAAGAAAGUUAUCGAUUUGGUGAAUCAGUGGUGUGUUUGGAAAACAGCAGUCUCCAAUAGAAGAAGAGUGUUCCAAGUCCAGCUGCUUGCCAACCUUAAGUCGGAAGUGGACACUUAACCGACCGGACGCGGCGCAGUUCCCGUAACUCUCACUCGGAUCGACCACCAUGGGAGACCACGGUGGCGGAAUCAUCGACGGCGGUACCAGCCCGGAUAUGGCCACCCUCGAAACUGAUUACGUUGUUCUAAUUUCAGUCGUUCCGGCCGUACUGGGCCUGACGGCGGCAGCCAUCCUCGCCGUGACGGCCUGCUUCUGUGCCCGGCGAAUCCGCCGCCAGAAGAAAAAGUCCGGCAGUCUCGAAGUGUCCGGAUUGCCGUUCCAGCCGCCAAGACCCCCGCGAGCCGUACGAUCCCCGAGCGGUCAGCCACCCCAAUAUCUGAAGAAGUCCCCGUCGCCAACCGGAAUCAAACCACCCCCCGGCGGUCACCUUCCGGCGCAAUCCCCAACGGAACAGCAGAGCUGCAUCUCAACGAACUCAAUUCCGGCCCCAAUCAACACGACCACCACCAAGUACAGCGAAGAGAACGAACUGACCCCGUCCCGGAAGGUCCAGCUGGAACCGAAAUCCCCCGCUGACGGGGACAGCUCCGUCGUGGAUGGGAACGAAAACUCCGACCUCACCGAGUACGGCCGCCUUGGAUCGAUCGUGUUCAAGUUGCGCUUCCUGGCCGAUCGAAGUGCGCUGGUAGUUUCGGUGGUGCGCUGUCGUGGACUUCCGGGAAAGAACCACAACUCCACGACCACCGAUCUGACAGCACUGCCAGCCGGCCCGCUGUGCAACGGAAAUGGAAACGUCAAACAGAAUGCGACCGAUCCGUACGUGAAGCUGCAGCUGCUGCCCGACAAGCAGCACAAGGUUAAGACCAGAGUGGUCCGCAACACGCGCAACCCGGUCUACGACGAGGACUUUACCUUCUACGGGCUGACGCUGACAGAGCUGGCCGGCAUGUCGCUGCACUUUGUCGUGCUCAGCUUCGACCGGUACAGCCGGGAUGACGUGAUCGGCGAGGUGGUGUGCCCGCUGGCCGGAAUCGACCUGCAGCAGAUCGAGAACCAACAGGUGGCGCUGAGCCGCGAGAUUCAACCGCGCAGCCUGAAGAUCCGUGCCCAAGGCCGUGGAGAGCUGCUGAUUUCGCUGUGCUGGCAACCGGCCGCGGCCCGGCUCACGGUGGUCCUGCUGAAGGCGCGCAAUCUACCGCGGAUGGACGUGACCGGGUUGGCCGAUCCGUACGUCAAGAUCUACCUGCUGUACAACGGGCAGCGGAUCGCCAAGAAGAAGACCCACGUCAAGAAGCGAACGCUGAGUCCGGUGUUUAACGAGAGCUUCGCGUUCGAUAUCCCGUCCACGGAGGGCACCGGGGCCACGCUGGAGGGCGUUUCGCUCGAGCUGAUGCUGCUGGACUGGGACCGGGUUACGAAGAAUGAGGUCAUUGGGCGUUUGGAGCUGGGCGGACCCCGCAGCACAGGGUCGGCGUUGAACCACUGGAAGGAGGUGUGCAACUCGCCGCGCCGACAGAUUGCCGACUGGCACAAGCUGAGGGAGUAAGUUGGGAUUGGGGUUUUUUGAGUUUUGAACUGACAAGUGAGGUUAUGUUUUGUGAAUGGAUGCAACAUAAAAAACAAGGAAACUUUAUUUAGUAUUUGAAAAGAUGACUUUCUUACGAAAUGAUCUGACUGUUACGAUAAGUUAAUUCUAGCUUUGUAAAGACAUUUCAGCCCAACUUUCGAAUACAAGAUGGAUCCCAUUUGAAACAAAAUGGCCACCAUUGAUAGUUGUCAAACUGACAAAUCGAAUGCGCCAUUUUGUGAAAAUGUUGAAUCGAAUGAAAUUCUUACAAAAACAGCGACUAGAGUUUCUGAUUUUGUGCGGAAUAUCUCAGAAAUAAUAUAAAUGAAAAAACACAAAAAAACAGUAGCACUUUCAAAGCAACUUAUAUAUGAAAACACACACAAACACGCGUCAGCACGAAACAUCAUAACCAAGCAACAGCUCUAACUUCUUCAUCUAAACAGAAAUUUAACCACAUUUAAUCAGUGCUAGAACAGUAAUGACAAAAAACAACGCUAAAAACGCACCUUUGAGCGAAAUACAAAUAUACAAAACAAAACAUGAUAAUGAAUGAGAAAAAAUAACAAAAUUUUAGAGCCAUAUUUAACCAUCACUGACUGCAGAAUAAUAAUACAAAAUGAGUAAAGCCAUUUCAGAAUGUUGCGACAGAAAGAAAAUGUCAAAGCAAUUGCUUUAAAAAACACACUCACAGGCAACUAGAUCGAACAAGUGCACCGCUGAAACUAAACAACGUAGCAAAAACAAAGAUAAAAAUAUGUGCCAGCCUAUUGCAAAAAAAAAGUAUGAGAAGGAAAAAAUGCUUUCAACAUUAAAAAGAGAACACACAAAACAACACCCAAACUCACAGUUGUGUCGUUGUAAAUAAAGGUAAACCAAACAAAUUAUUAAAGUAUAACCAAAGAACUAAAGAAACACACCUUUGGAAGGCUUGAAGCUUUGACAACAAAACAAGAAACAUUUAUAAAAUGGGAGUGGGGGGACUGAUUCCGGAUCACUUUUUACAGGGUGUUUUGAUUGGAUUUUCGGACUUGGGGAAUUUUUCGCAAAUUUGGGAGAAAUUGUGUUUGACGAACGAAUAAUACUGACACACACACUCAAUGCAUAGAUGUGCACACUAGUAGUAAGGUAGUGUGGCUAAUUAGAAGAUAAGAAAGGAAGGGUUAUCGUCCGAAUGAGAAAAAGGAAUCAUUUGUUUUUGACAGUGAUGAAAUAAUCUCAAAAUGUCAUUUUUCACGAGUAAACAAUUUUCACCGGCGAAAAGUGCUUAUUGGAACUUCGCCAUACAGUUACAAACUUCAAACAUAUUGAUGUGAUCAAUAAACAGAGCGGAGUCUCUAAUUCGGAUGGAAUUGCAUUCGAUUGAGCGAAUACAAAUUCGUUAAUUCGACUGACAGCUUUCAAAAGCAUGAAACCACAUGCUCGGUAAUCCACGAACAAAGGGGUCGAAACGUAAACAUUAGUUUGACAAAUCAGUUUUAACGUUUGAGUGCUUUUCAAUUCGAAUCCACUUUGCUGUGAGAUCACGAAUCGACACGAAAAUCUUUGAACAAUAAUUAUUGUUAUUUUAAGCAUAUGUUCCAGUAAAUGAGAGAAAAGUUUCUCGACUUCUUUCAAAUUUCUCUCUAAGUGAGUGCUCAUUGCAACUUCUUUAUCUAGAUCCAAACGUCAAAAGAGUGCUUACGAAAUUUCGAGUUUGUUUGUGAUAGGUGACAGAACACUCCAAUCGUCUUCACCACGACAACCUGAUUUUGACAUUCUACUUCAAUUCGUUUCACACACAAAUGAAUAAGUGCUGUGCAAAGUCACUCGUACAGUCAUUGACUUGCCUCUAGAAAUAAACAGACGGUAAUAACUAAAUUCAUGCCAUUUCAGUAACAAAUACUGUUAAAAUAACAGAAAGUGUUAUGGAAUAUUCUUCAAAAAUCAAUUUUUGUAUAAGAGUUUAAUAACAGUUUAUGUUAUCAUAACAAAAUUUGUAAUCGGUUUGAUAUUGAUUGAAAGCCAGAACAACUUGAGAAUAACAUUUUUUGCUAUGGAAGAAUAUCUCAAACUGUUAUUGGGAUGAUCGGAUUAGUUGUUAAAAUAACAAAAAAUAAUAACAAAGAUUUGUUCGAAGAAUAACGUAAAAUGUUAUUAGUCUGUUAUUACAAUAACAAUCCAAUAACAAAAAAAUCAUAACAGAGAAUAACAAAUCUUGUUAUAAAUAACAUAGAAUGUUAUUGACCCAGUAUUUUCAAAUAUCAAAAAAUGUUAUUCCCAAGUUAUUUCCGUCCACUCGGGAACGGUCCUGUGACAUUCUACCGAGAUUCCGAUCAUCUCUCCCAUGAUCGCAUUCAAAUGAUUUCUGACACCACGAUUCAGUGGUGCGGUUGUUGAAAUCGCUAUCUCUGACUCUGUCAAUCUACUGUCACUGACUUUGUUUAUGUUUUGGUUUUCCUGACGGCUCUCAGACAAUCGGUGAAACGUCAGAUGCCGCCAAAUGGGUUGUCACUGGUUACAAACGUUCAAUGUUUGUAAACAAUGUUUAAAUAAUCAAACUUUUAAUGCCAUGUCAAUUUUGAAAUAAUUCCAUCGUUGUUUGUCAGGUUUGUCAAUACGUCAUUUCGCCACAAAAUGGCUAUGUUUACAGUGUCAACAAAAAAAGGGGAAAAUCUCAAGAUCUAAAUGAUGGAAAGAAAUCAAGUUUAAAAAGCAUCGAAAAUGUCUGCUAAAAAAAUAAACUGAUUAUGAUUUGAACGAGAAUUGUAAAGGAAAUCUAAAAACUAAAUAUGAAUUUUGAUUUUAACAUUCAAAUAACGAAUUGAAAGAAGUGUUCUAUCAGAUCGUUUUUAUUUGUUCAUUUCAACAAAUUAUAUCUUAAUUAGCCGAUUGCAUCUUCAAUGAAGCUAUACGUAAAUUAAAUUGAAAUGAAGAAAAACGAGGAAAAAAUACGAAAAAUACCAAAAAUAUUCCAUAAGAUGGAUCAUCAUUUUACAUAGAGUCAACGCAGAGAUUAUUUUUGGAAAUGUGCUUUUUAUUGCGUGAGAAGUUAUGAAGGUAGCGGAAAGGAUAAUAAAGAUGGUAAGCUUAAGAAAAAAAUGUAAAAAUAAUACUGAUAAUUAUAAGAUUAAAUCUUAUUGAAAACCAAUUGGAAAAACAUAGAUAAAGAUCUCUGAUAUACUCAAGACCAAACAAAAACAGCUUGAAAAUGGUAAUAUUCUAUGAAACCAAACUAGAAGACGUGCAAAUCAGCUGCAAAAUUCAAAUUAAACAACAAACGAAACACAAAAAUAAUAACAAAAAAAAACCGUGUUUUAAAUGUACCCGUAGAAACAAACACCCAACAAAAAAAAGUAACCAAAAAACCAUGUAACUUUCUAAGCCAGUGUAGCAAAACCUCUCGCGCAACAUGUGCUCUCUUUGAAAGAAACAAAAUUAAGAAAAGAAAAAAGUACUAGCGACUAAGUUUAAGUUUGAACCUGCACUAUAAAAUUCACCACACACACACCGUGCACCACCCCCUAACAUUAACUGUUUCGAAUCGGCGCAUUAGUUUAACUGCACAAAACGAGCUGGCUUGAGAUGAUUAAAUUAAAUUGUGUUAGAUAUUUAGAGGAGAGAAGGGGAAAUUCCAAAGAAAA